AUGGGAGUUCCGGCUUUGUUCAGAUGGCUGACCAAGCAAUAUCCCAAGAUUGUAUCUCCUGUUAUUGAAGAACACCCACGCGAAAUCGAUGGCCAGAUUAUCCCAGUUGAUAUCAGAGGACCAAAUCCGAACGGGGAGGAAACCGACAAUCUUUAUUUGGACAUGAAUGGAAUCGUACACCCUUGUAGUCAUCCGGAGGAUCGUCCCCCACCCCAAGAUGAAGAGGAAAUGAUGUUGGAAAUCUUCAAGUACACGGAUCGAGUUGUCAAUAUGGUGCGACCCAGGAAACUAUUGAUGAUUGCUAUUGAUGGAGUAGCGCCACGUGCUAAAAUGAACCAACAACGAUCUCGCCGAUUUCGUUCUGCUCAAGAGGCAAAGGAGAAGGCGGAGGAUAAGGUAGAACUGCUUAAGAUGUUGAAGUCACAAGGUAGCCAUGUUGAAGAGACAGAAGUCAAGAAAGCCUGGGAUUCCAACGAAAUUACCCCGGGAACUCCAUUCAUGGACAUAUUGGCCGCCAGUCUCAGAUAUUGGAUUGCAUACAAACUCAACACUGACCCAGCUUGGGCCAAGAUGAAAGUCAUCAUCUCAGACUCUACCGUUCCUGGAGAGGGUGAACACAAAAUCAUGGAAUUUGUCAGAUCCCAAAGAUCCUCCCCCGAUCAUAAUCCCAACACCCGACAUGUCAUGUACGGAUUAGAUGCUGACUUGAUCAUGUUGGGUCUGGCAACGCAUGAACCUCAUUUCCGUAUCUUGAGAGAAGAUGUGUUCUUUAAUGAUGGAAAGCCACGGACCUGCAAAUUGUGCGGCCAAGCUGGCCAUGAAGCCCGAGAAUGUAAAGGCAUGUACAAGAUAAAGGAUGGUGAGUUUGAUGAAAAGGCUAGCGCCCCUGCUCUCAAACCAUUUAUCUGGCUGCAUGUCUCUAUCCUUCGUGAAUACUUGGCGGCAGAGAUGUAUGUUCCUAGCCAACCUUUCAGAUUUGAUCUCGAAAGGGCUCUAGACGAUUGGGUUUUUAUGUGUUUCUUUGUCGGCAAUGAUUUCUUACCUCAUCUUCCUAGUCUUGAGAUUCGAGAGGAUGGUAUUAAUACUUUGAUUGCCAUCUGGCGUGAUAAUAUUCCCUACAUGGGUGGUUAUCUGACCAAAGAUGGUCAUGUUGACCUUGAAAGAGCUCAAUUCAUCCUUGAUGGACUAGCCAAGCAGGAGGAUGCCAUCUUCCGGCGAAGAAGAAAGGCCGAAGAGAACUUCCAAAAGAAGCGCAAGCUCAACAAUGAGCGAAAUGAACGAUACGGUCGUGGUCGUGGAAACAACGGUGGUGUUCAGGACUCGUCAUCUAAUGGCAGACAGCCUCCUGGCGGAGCUGCUCCAACCGGCUUGCCACUUUUCACUCCCGGUAACAUCACCAAGGAAGCAAAGGCUGUGACCCAUGACAUGGUAGUUAACCGAGGUGCAACCUACAAGGCCAAUAUAGCCAAUAAAAGCGCGGCUGCAGCACUGAAGGAACUGAUGAAUAGCAAGCUAGCUGAUGAUGAUAACGGUGAGCUUAAAAUCGAUGAUCUCUCGGCAGACGUACCAGCGACUGCACUGGGAAAACGUAAAGCUGAACUCAUCGAGGAUGAUGACAGCAGUACACCAGGACGCAACACGCCAACCCCUGGGACACCAGGAACGCCAACAACACCUGGCGAUGACCUUCCUCCUGACUCCGUCAGAUUAUGGGAAGAUGGUUACGCUGAUAGAUACUAUGAGCAGAAGUUCAACCGGGAUCCUAAGGAUAUUGAAUUUCGUCAUGAGGUUGGUAGAGCCUAUGUGGAAGGAUUAGCAUGGGUCUUGCUAUACUAUUUUCAAGGAUGCCCAUCUUGGGAUUGGUAUUAUCCUUACCAUUAUGCCCCUUUCGCCGCCGAUUUUGCCAAUCUCAAGGACAUGAAGAUCAAUUUCCAAAAAGGCAGGAUUUUUAGACCAUUCGAACAACUUAUGGGAGUCCUUCCUGCGGCUUCAAGACAAGCUAUUCCCGAGGAAUUCCAUCACCUAAUGACCAAUGAAGACAGUGAAAUUAUCGAUUUCUAUCCAGAGGACUUUACGGUUGAUCUGAACGGUAAGAAAUUCGCUUGGCAAGGAGUUGCUCUAUUGCCAUUCAUUGACUCAGAGCGGUUGCUUGAUGCAAUGGCUAAGGUGUAUCCCUUAUUGCCUGCGGAUGUUUCAGCCCGCAAUGGUCUUGGAAAAGAUGUUCUUCUGGUAUCGGAAGCCCAUCACACUCUCUACGACGAGAUCACUAGCAAGUUCUAUUCAAAGAAGCAGGACUCGCCUCAUAUGAAGUUGAACCCCAAGGUCAGUGAAGGGUUGACAGGACGAGUUGAGAAGAACGAGGAUUACCUUCCUUACAGCUCUUUAAUUUUUCCGUUGGAGAGUGGAGCAAUGCCAGGCCUUGACGAGGAUCGAUCAAUACGUGUACAUUACGAAAUGCCCAAAUCUAAUCAUAAUCACAAGUCUAUGUUGUUGGUCGGGGUUGAUUUCGGCCAGGCGGCACUCAAUCAGAGCGAUAUUGAAAUGACGAAAAGCAGGGCAGCUAGAUCAGGUCGGAACUAUGGCGGAGUGCCUUUACAAGGUGAUGGAAGAGGUCGUAACCAAUUCAACUACGGUUCUGGUAAUAACAACCGUGGCAACGGCAAUCGUUAUAGCGGUCCAGGAACAACAGCACCUAGGUAUAAUAACCAAUCGUAUGGUUCUCAGAACAAUCACAACAACCACAGUCAGCCACCGCCUCCUCCAGGCUGGCAGCCACCCCCACCAGGACUUGGUGGUUUUGCUCGUGGACCUCCUCCACCGCCGCCGGGAUCAUACGGUGGGUAUCCUCCAAACAAUGGUCAGCCAAGAGGAAACGCAGACGGUCAUGGAGGUAAUUACAACAACUAUGACAACUAUGGUGGACGACGGCAAAUAAAUGGGGAGGCAUGGCAUUACCAAAAGAAAAGCGCAAGAGAAUUUGAAAAUAGGUUAUACGCCCCCAGCUCUACUGAGCAUUCAUCUACAACGAACGACGAACGACAAACGCGCAUUCUCGAAGUGCAUGUCGGACAAUCACUGAGUGGUCUGGCGUGGUUGCCAACGCCGCCCGCACAAGUCAUGAGUGAUAACUCAAAUCUAGUCAUUACUUUGGUGGAGAGGCUGAUUACAAAACUUCCACAUAAAACUGGCGCCGAUGCGCACGACCUCAAUCGCGAUGACAUUGCCCUCUUGAGUCGCGCUACCCUCGUCAAUAUCAGUAAACCAUCUAUAGCGGUUGUUGCCGAAGCCCUUGUGCAACUGCUAGAGGAUCUGGCACGACCAUUUAAAACAAUAUCAGCGCAUCCAUUGUACGUUUUACACUCAGAGUUUUACGUGCUUGAGCUGUUAGCGGAAUGCUGUACAACGCACUGGGAAAGCAUCAAUACUUCAGAAAAUGCGAUUGAUAGAGAAGAUGUACUCUCCCAGGGUUAUAGGUCCGACGAUAGCACGAAGCCCGAAGGACGGAGGGCAUCCAGAAACAAACUUUUGGCACGCGAUAACCCUCCAGAGGCUUUAGACGAUGAUUUGGCCAAAAGAUUGAUAGAUGUGAUCAAGUUGUUCUCGAAUCCUAUACCCGAUGGCUAUAUACUUCCGGCAUCCAACAUUUUAGACGAUGUUCUUGGGUCCCCUCUCGCUCAUGAUCCAUCAGGCUUAGACUUUUUGAACGGCACAAAUGGGCAACAUAAUGGAACCGAUGCUGCAAUAUUGAUACAGGAGCAUUCAGAAUCCACUGAAUCAUGCAUAAGGAAAGUUGUGGAAUUUGUUUCCUUCUCCAAUUGGCCCCGGACUCUCGAGUAUUUGCGGGGCUCCCUUCGUGGACUGCUGGCGGCCCAACCUUCAAAUGGAAACCAAGCACAAAUCGGUGCCCUAGUCGAUGAUGAAGCGCUCGUCACUGUACGAUUGAUCCCGUCUUUUUGGGUUGACAGUCGAAAGCUGGGUGUUAUCAUACAAGAGUUAUGUGGCAGCUUCUUGCACCUGCGCAAGGCCUUUCAGACUAUUGUGGCAAUAGUCGUGCCCCAACUAAUCACCCGAUGGCUGGAGCGAAAUCCCGAAGAUUUCAUUGAGCUGCACACAAUGCACAAAAGGCUAGACGGUGGAGCGGAAACACUCUUUGAUAUGACAAAUACAAUGAUGGAUGCUGGAAGACGAAAAACAUUAUUAUUUCCAUUUCAAACGUCUCUACUAUUCCUGCUCCCAGACGUCUUUGAAGUCGCUAGCAAUAUGAGAGAUAUUAAAAGUAGCAGUAUCUCCAAGAAGGUAUCGUUUUUGGAGAUGCUGAGAAAGACUUUAAGAAACAGAAAUGAAGCAGCCAUUUAUUGUUUGACUUCCGUUCUGCGAGUUGCAAGACAUUUUCCUCUCGAUAGUGAUUCGGCACUUCUGAGCUAUGCCCUAGAUGUCCAGGAAGAAGUGCGCGAAGCAGUAUUUAGGAGAUACGCGGUGGGUGCAGAAAAUACAACCAUUGACUCUGGGUUAAUGACAGCAGCAUUUGUCAGUUUGGCGCAUUUAAAUUUCAAAGCUUGCGUUGAUGGCCUCGCACCAUUCUGUCUUGCUCCCAACACGUCUCCAGAUUUCAAACUUGCGGUAAUAAGAGCAUGUACGCAUUUCGCAAAACAGUCCAAUGCCAGUGACUACGGGCCAUUAUUUAUUAAGAUGUCUGAAUUCAUUCGCGCCUACAUGAAGGGAACAACAUUGAGAUACAGAGACUCCUACCCCCUCGAACACAUGACCCUGAACAGACAAACGAAAUUUGCAUCAUCAGGAGAAUUGGUGUACAGCAUGCUAGUAUUCUUGGACGUAUAUCCUAGUGCCAUAUUUAUUGGCCUGGACCUAGACUCACAUAAUGAUGACACCACUUUCGAGGACAUAUACGCUGCUUUCAUGGCCUUCCUGACCUCCGAAGAUGAGAAAAUUAGACUUUUAACAAGUGAAGUUUGUCGCAGUUCAUUGAUUGUAGCCACGGUGUCUACAUGGCGAAGUAAAAAUUUUAGCCUCUCCAGUAACAUGAAAUUCAAUUUCUGGGAGUCAACGUCGGUUAUCCUCAGUUCAAUUUCAAGCAAAAUCAUCAACCAGACUGUUGACGAACACUCUGCUCUUGGCUUCGUACAUGGCUACUUGCAAGCAAGGCUUGGUUUAAUGAAAAAGAUUAAAGACUUGACGGAAUUAGAGGAAGAUGUUUCGGAACGGUUAGCAGCAUAUUCUAUGAUGGAAACGUCAUUUUUGGUUACACUUUGCUCGCCCGAUAUAGCAAUAUGCCAGCUCGUCGCGUCAAGCAUCUCGUUAUUCGCAGAAGAGAUUCGUCUUGUUGAAUCUGCGCCGGACUUCACUAAACUAUCCCUAGCAAGUGCGCGUAACAUGGGUGUUUACCAAGAGCUUGCUUCAAAAGACUUCCGAUUUACAGGUUUAGUUGCUUUUCAGAAACGGGCGAGAGGUCUCCUACGCCAAAUGCAAUACCCCACUGCCGGUAUCAUAAAUGCAUGGGAGACCAUUUUUGAUCGGUGGGUUAGAUUAUCCAAGCAACUUGUUGCGCGCUCAGAAAUUUUUGAUGAAAGGUCUUUGGGAGAGUGGCGCAAUUGUUCUGGAUUUCUUGCUUCUCUUGGCGGCACCUGUAUCGCGGGCCAAUCUCUUCUUUCCACUCCGGAUGACCAGGCACUUGCCAGUUUGCGAUGGAUCGAUAAGGCUACUACGGAAAACUACGAUGAAACUUUGCUUAGUCGAUAUAUGCGGCAAAGUGUCCAAUUACUAGCGAGCAAUAGUAUCAGGAUACGUGAAGGCACCAGAGAUGCCCUCUCCAGUGAUCUUGCCAAGGCAUUAUAUAUGCCUCUAUUCGAAGCGCUCCAAUCAGAACUUGACGUUUUGUUUGAUAGCCCACGAAGCAAUGCAAUUCCCGUUGAUUCUCGAAUCGUCUUUGCAGAGCAGGCAGCAGCACUUCUGAAAAGCAUCGUUGAAAAGCUCGGAAGCCCAGCUGAAUUAGGUACGGGAAUGUCGGCUGAUAUUGGUGCCUUAGCACUCAAUUUUGCGAAAUUUUUGAAUGGCUCGGCAGAUGGGGCAAGCGCAUUGAGAGUCAAAAUUAAGAUUUGUCAGUUAUGUGAAACUCUCACACAGAAGAAAGAACUCUUGAAUUUGAGGCACGAUGUGCGUAUUCGUAAUCAGCUUUUGGAAGUGAUUUUUGGAUGGAUCGCUCGCCCAGGAACUCCAAAUGUCGAUACUGGUGCUCACCUAGUUGGCACUCGUAUUGAUGAGCUUCUUCGCCUCCAGAAAGAUCUUGACCGAGCUUCUUUGAAGGCACUAGCAGAAUUAACUUAUCGUCUCCCCUUGCAACCAGCCGAAGGCCAAUCCGAUGCAGAUACAAGCGACUUGAAGUCACAGAUGUUCCAUACAUACUUCAACAGGUUCUUGUCUCUCCUCAAUUACGAAACGGCUGAAAUAGGUAGGAAUGAAGUUCGGCUAACAUCUGCAGUGAGCGAUGAUUCUAUGAGCAGUCCGGAGCUUGCAAUUUCGGCACUUUCUAAUCUCCUAAGUGCAAACAUUGAUGUUGGCCUCAAACAUUCCUUAGGUAUUGGUUAUCAUGAAGAUCUUGAAGUUAGAACAGCCUUCGUCAAAGUGCUUUGCAACAUUUUGAUACAGGGUACCGAAUUUAACAAUUUGUCUGAUGCAGCUGUGAACCAAAAGUACGAUGAACUUCUUGAACUACUUGUUAAUGACAUGACACUUACCAUUGCACUUUGCGAUGCUUGCCCAAGUACGGAAGUGGAUGAGAUGACCAUCUCACUUCUCAAUAUUUUUGACUCCCGCGGCAUGGGCUUUUCUUUGCUUGAAGCGCUCAUCGAGCAUGAGGUUGAGGAAACCGAAAACGAGGCUGAACUUUUGAGAAGAAAUUGUGUUGCCACCAAGCUGCUGUCCGUCUAUGCCAAAUGGAAGGGUGCUACGUAUCUAAAGGCAACACUACAGAAGGUUUUGGAGCGCCUUGUUCUCACUUCAAAAGAUCUGGACCUUGAACUUGAUCCUGCCAGAACAGCGUCUCCCGAAGAGUUGCAGAAAAAUGCUCUUCAACUUCGCGUAGUGACAAAAGUAUUCAUCGAUGAUAUAUGCAAUUCGGCAUCACGGAUUCCCGUGUCUUUUCGGAAGAUCUGCAGUAUUAUAUCCUCUUGCGUGAUGAGAAGGUUUCCUGAUGCCAAAUUCACCGCCGUUGGUGCCUUUAUAUUCCUACGAUUCUUCUGCCCAGCGAUUGUCGCUCCUGAUGCAGAAGGUCUGAUAGGGUCCCCACCAUCGAAAGAAAUGCGCAGAGGUCUUCUCCUUAUCGCAAAAGUAGUCCAAAAUCUAGCCAAUAACGUUCUUUUCGGGGCAAAGGAGCCCUACAUGUACCCUUUGAACGACUUCUUGACACAAAAUAUAUAUCGCGUAACGACAUUUUUACGGGAGAUAUCAGCACCUCCUAAUGUCAGAGAACCACUUGCCGAGUCAGAAUCUUUCGAUUUCGGCUCCUGCGUAGCUCUACAUCGGUUUUUGUAUGAUCAUUGGGACCACGUUCGACAAAAACUUGUUCUCCGUGAACGGCAACUCUCUCUUCGAUCACCAAUUGACGGUGCUAAGAGUCACACCCCAGUCCUGGAUGCCCUCCGAACACUCAUUUCUAAUCUUGGACCACCACCAAUGGAUGUUUCUUGGAAUAGGCCAGCAAUUUCACAAAACACCCCUCCCUCGUAUUCACGCUUCCAACAUUUCAUGCUUCGAAACGCUGGUCGAAGUUCGGAAGCUGUGGUAUCAAAUAGAGCCGUGUAUGAUGGUGGCGAAAGCAAGGAUGGAUUAUCGAUGAUAUGCAUUAUACUUCGAAACAUUGAUACAGAAGGAACAGAUUUUGAUCUCUUGUUAUAUGUAUACUUGAAGAUUGCAAGUCGCAUGUGGCAUAAGCCGUUUGGUAUCUUGAUCGAUGCGACCUGUUAUAACGGCCAAAACGAGCCUCAAGAUGCGCUUUUUCGAAGACUUGAUCUGCUUACACCAUCAGAACUUUCAAAGCAGCUGUCCAGGGUAUAUGUAUACAACAUGAACAGUGCAUUUAGGAAAUGUUUCCGCCGCAUUCUUCGUUUAUCUGCAAAGAGUGAGAAUAGUGCCUUCCAUCCAAAAAAUGUGGACUAUCACCUGAUUGGUAGUCUUCAAGAUUUGCAAUCUCACUUCCAUCUCACACAGCUUCACUUGCCAAAAGAGACGAUCAGCGUUGUCACAGACACAAGAUACGUCUUCCAGCCCAUUAUAAGAUUAUCUAAAACGAAAGGUAAAGUCGAGGUAAUCAUCAAGAUUGGUAGUCAAUUUGUUCAAGUGACUACAACGAAGAAACAAGAAGUUGUUCCAGGUCUUAGACUACAUGCCACAGUCAAUGAUAUCUUUCGUUUAUCAGAAGUCGAUGAGGCGCCUACCUCGAUACAGACCGAGGAUGAUUCUGCAUUCGGGUUACGCACUGAUAACGGCAAGAUUGUAAUGUAUUUCACCAGUCCAAGAAAGGUCGAUGUUUUACAAGCGAUUCGCAGUGCCAAGACUAAGCACGGAAAAGAGUUGAGAACCUUAAAAUCAUUUGAGAGAUUGGUCCGACCGCAAGACGUACCAGGCACACUCCUCAACAUUGCGCUCACGAACAUGGCGAGUCCUGAUGCGGUCCUACGGCUUGCCUCGUACAAUUUACUGUGUGCUUUGUGUCGAGCUUUUAAGUUCGCAGCUGAUUCCAAAUUCAUGAGCACAAGGGAGUUAUGUGUUCCUUUAAACCCAUCACAAUUCAUCAUUGAAAUUAGUGCGCAGUUGGCCCGUUCUGAGCCUCAGCUCACAGGGGAUUUUCUCAAUGAAUUCUUCGUUGGAUGGGAAAGUUUUCCCUAUUCGCAGAGACCCUUAAGUUUGGCAUACAUGGCCCCUUGGCUACCAAGUCUAAGAACCCAUCUCAUACCGAAUGAGGGGGAUAGUGACAAAGGAAGAGACAAAGUCGCCGUGAUAUUCAGGAAGCUUAUUGAGGUAGCCAUAUCUGAUGUUGUUCUCAGCACUACCCUGGAACAAAGCAUCUGGCCUGCGAUCUGCAAGGACGAAGUUUAUAUGGAUAUAUUCCUGGAGGAAAUUCUCAAACCAGCUCUUAAUUUUGGCAUCGAUGAUGAACGGACGGAGAUUCUUGGAUCCAUUCUUGCUUCACUCGGCACGAUUACAAUUCGAGGAAAACUAAUCUCAAGGCUUCGAAAGGCUCUCAAUCGUACUUCACUUCGACCAACAAGGUAUCUUCACGAAAACACUGUUUGGGGUGAGAUCUGUGUUCUUUUAAGACUCUCCCUGUCUGUUUCAUUCGAUAGUGGUGUCCAGUCCCAACUAUACCUCCCGGAAGUGUUCCAUCUUGUCACCAUGCUAGCUAAUACAGGCUCGUCCGACUUAAGAUUGACCGUUCAUCGCUUGCUUGUCAAUACUAUUCAUGCUAUGUGUACCACAUUUGCGUUGGAGGAAAGCAAGCUUACCAAGUUAAAGGUUUUGUUGUCAUCAAUCUCGGAACCUCGGCAAGAAUCUAUGUUUAGUAUAGCAUCAAGAGAUGGUGCUUCUCUUCCAUCAUCACAGGACUCCGGAGCUUCAGCAUUAUUAGCCACGGAGUCACUUGCAAGUCUACUGUCCGAUAUAAGUAUUGUAGCGGCUCCAACGGUUGAUUUGUCAAACGCGUGGCGUGCCAGGUGGAUGAGCCUGGUUGCAAGCACUGCUUUUCAGAGCAAUCCAGCCAUUCAACCCAGAGCAUUUACUGUCAUGGGUUGUUUGGCUCGGGAAGACGUGGACGACGACCUACUGUAUCAAGUGCUCGUAGCACUCAGAAGUAGCAUCGGCCGAUAUAUGGACGAUAGUGACAGUGAGAUGAUGGUUGCUAUUGUCACAGCUCUAACCAAAAUGAUGGAUAAACUCCCAUCGGCGUCACGUUAUGGAACCCAAAUAUUCUGGCUUGCGUUAUCUCUUGUGAGAUUGGUCCCGAUUGGACUUUUUAACUGCGCGGCGAUGUUCCUCGAUGCUGUCCUACUAAAUAUUGGUGCUUCUGGCGAAUUCAGUAAUGGGCGUAUGAUCUCGACAUUGCUACAAGGCCGAACGCCACUUGAUGAAGCAGCAAUACAACUAGACGAGAUAUAUGGGAUCUAUUUCACUACAGAAAACUUCCAUUUCGCGAUUUCUGCAUGCAUGGUCAAAGGCAUGACGGAUUCAUUGACAAGAUCUACUGCUAUGCGGGUUAUAUCAACAUUCCUUGACACGACCGCCGCUAAUUUGCCUGACGGAAUGUCGUUUCCAGAAGAUGUCAGCUGCAUGCCAUAUCUUGGUCUUCUGCUCGGCCGAGCCCUCAACCCCGAAGAUGCAGGGCAUAGCCUAUGGCUUGCUAAUGCGACACAUCGAGAUUGUACCCCAUAUCCAGAAUCAGAUAUGGAUGAUAUAAUACAAAACGCAGGUUUGAAUGAGAAAGAAUUGCUCCUUACUUGCGCUAUUGGCCUCGUCGACUUUCACUAUUUAGACGACACCAUACAGAACCGCGCAUUUCAAUGGCUCAACAAGCUUGCUAUAGCAUCGUCCGGUCCAAUCACUAAUAUACUAGAUGAUGUUCUGAUGUCCUGUCAGAAUUCAGUUACACUCGAAUCUGCACAUCAAUUACUACGUACAAUUACCUCAAAUCCUCAAUUCUCAGCCGCCAUGGAGAACCCAGACGUGUUAGAUAGAGUGCUGGGUAGUAUAGGCUUCGGAGGUUUAUGGAAGAAUUCGACCUACCAAGGCCAUCAUGAGGUCGCUAGAGAAUGUACUGCUUUGACCGAUAAGCUUAUUGAACUUAUCAUUGCAUAG